GGUCUAGAAAAAUUAGGAAGAGAAACGGAACAAGCAAACCUCUUCGUCAAAGGUCCAACCUUUGAGCUCCGGAAGCUGGCAAUGGCGGUGAAGAUGGACGCUUUCUUUGUUUCCCAUGGGUCUCCGUUGCUCUCCAUCGACGACAGCAUCCCAGCAAGGGGCUUCUUCAAGCUGUGGAAAUCCCAAGUCUUGCGGGAAAUCCCCAAGACUAUUCUCGUCGUCUCUGCCCACUGGGAGACCUAUGCUCCCACUGUCAAUGUCAUCUCUGGUCUCAAUGAUACCAUUUAUGAUUUCCAUGGCUUCCCCAAGCCUAUGUACCAGCUCAAGUAUCCCGCACCAGGUGCGCCAAAAGUUGCCCGGAGAGUGAAGGAGCUGCUUCAAGGUGCAGGGUUUGGUCCUGUGGAGGAAGAAAAGGCCCGAGGACUCGAUCAUGGCUCGUGGGUUCCCCUUAUGUUUAUGUAUCCUGAGGCUAAUAUUCCAGUUUGCCAACUCUCUAUCCAAACAAUGGAGGAUGGCACAUACCAUUACAACAUGGGGAAGGCCUUAGCUCCUCUGAGGGAUGAAGGUGUCCUUAUUGUUGGAUCAGGGAGUGCCACCCAUAACUUGAGAGCCACCGGCCCUGAUGAUGCACCUAUUGUAAGCUGGGCAUUGGAGUUUGAUGCUUGGCUCACAAACUCCCUCAUUAAUGGAAGCCAUGAAGAUGUGAACAAUUACGAGGAUAAGGCACCCCAUGCAAAAAUGGCGCAUCCAUCGCCCGAUCAUUUCUACCCAUUGCAUGUAGCUCUCGGGGCCGCAGGCGAACAGGCCAAAGCCGAGUUGAUCCAUGCUAGCUUUACUGAGAGCAGCCUCUCCUAUUCCUCUUACAGGUUUUACAACAUCUAAUUGAUGAACUUGCAAUUCCUUGUUGUACCUACCUACUACAAUUAGACAUUGUUUGUGUUGUCUUAGUAAAUUCCUCUUUGAUAAAACUCAUUCCUGUGGACCUGUUGUUGUAUUAUUUGUUUGUUAUGUAUAUGAAUUUAUCGAUAACUUCAUUUAUACUGUA